CAAUAGUGUAGUAUUUACAGCCAUAAUAUUACAACCGCUAAAAGGUUGUAAUUCUAUAAUAAUCGUUACUUAUAACCAACCUUACACAACAUUAAUAAUAAGUAGUACGUAAUUUUGAGUCAUACCACACUGUUUCUAUAUUAUCGUACGGCUGAGUAAAUAUUUAUAGUAAAAGUGUUGCGGGGAGUUCUCAUGAUAAUUUUACUUCAUAUACUAUAAACUCUCGAUAUAAGAAUUAUACAAAGACAUAAAAUAGAAUAUACUGUAAUAAUUUUUAUUAGUAGAGAAUAAGAAAAGGAAUGAAAAGUGUGAUAUACAGUAUAUUUGUGAUAUUUUUAGUCCGCCAUCACGAUUGUCCAAAAAAAUCAAAAAGCUUAAAAUACGUUUUCUUGAAAACAAUUCAUUUUAAGAAUUUUGACAUUUAUUUAGAUAUAUUCUAUGAUUUAAUUUUCUAUUCUUUUCUUUUCUUUCUAAAUUCGUUGACCAACCGGUCAGAAAAAUAAGUUGCGAUAUCAUUAACGCAAAAUGAAAACAUAAAUUCACACCAUUUACGUUCUCAAUGACAAAACAUAAAAAUUAAAACUUUAAUUGCUGCUAAUUCCUAGAUCCGUUUUCUAUAGUGACCAUAUGCGGAAAGAAGUUAUGUGAUGAGAUCUUUA